AGCCCCUCACGCCCUCUGCCCCACCCCCUCCCGUUCCCGGCCCCCUGCCCCCUUCCCGGCCCCGAACCGGUGACCGUGGAGGCCGCUGCCGGUCCCCCGCCGGGUGCUGCUGAGCGCGGAGCCCGUGGGGCCCGUGAGGUCAAGUGCUUGGGAACUCCUCCUGACUGAGUGAGCGUACGCCUCCCGUUGCUGACAGACGUGAUAUUUUACCGGUUGCUAUCGGUGGUCCAAAGACAAAGAACCCAGCCGAGGAUGGCAGAACUGGCCCUCAGCCAGAAGCGGUGCAUCAGCAGCCGAGGCGCAUUCUGUCGCCCUGCCUGCCCAGGCGCAGGUGGUCAUCUGUGGCGGGGGAAUCAUGGGCACAUCCGUGGCCUAUCACCUGUCCAAGAUGGGGUGGAAGGACAUUGUCCUUUUGGAGCAGGGCAGGCUGGCUGCUGGCUCUACGAGGUUCUGUGCAGGCAUCAUAAGCACUGCCAGGCACUUGGGCAUUGAGCAGAAGAUGGCAGACUAUUCAAACAAACUGUACCAGCAGCUAGAGCAAGAAACAGGGAUCCAAACAGGUUACAUUCGGACAGGCUCCAUCUUUCUGGCCCAGACGCAGGACCGGCUGAUCUCCCUGAAGCGCAUCAACUCCAGGCUGAAUGUGAUAGGCAUCCCUUCUGAGAUCAUCUCCCCCAAGAAAGUGGCCGAGCUGCACCCUCUGCUCAACGUGCAUGACCUGGCGGGGGCCAUGCACGUCCCCGAGGACGCGGUGGUGUCCUCUGCUGAUGUGGCUCUUGCCCUGGCAAGUGCUGCCUCCCAAAAUGGUGUUCAGAUCUAUGACCGGACAAGUGUUGUUCAUGUGAUGAUCAAAAAAGGUGAAGUUACUGGCGUGGAGACAGAUAAAGGACAGAUCGAAUGCCAGUAUUUUGUCAAUUGUGCUGGUCAGUGGGCAUACGAGCUGGGUCUGUCCAACGAGGAGCCGAUUAGUAUCCCGUUACAUGCCUGCGAACACUUCUACCUCCUGACUCGCCCCUUGGAGACCCCUCUGCAGAGCAACACACCAAAUAUUGUGGACGCAGAUGGCAGGAUUUAUAUUCGCAACUGGCAGGGCGGCAUCUUGUCUGGGGGCUUUGAGAAAACCCCGAAACCAAUUUUCACUGAGGGCAAGAACCAGCUGGAGAUUCACAACCUACAGGAAGACUGGGACCACUUUGAGCCCCUGUUGAGCUCCCUGCUGCGUAGGAUGCCAGACCUGGAGACACUGGAGAUCAUGAAGUUGGUCAAUUGCCCCGAGACCUUCACACCAGACAUGAGGUGCAUCAUGGGCGAGUCUCCUGUGGUUAAGGGCUACUUUGUCCUGGCAGGAAUGAACUCUGCUGGCCUUUCGUUUGGUGGAGGAGCUGGAAGGUUAAAGAAGAUUCCCUCAACUGAAUAUGCUGACAAGAUAGAAGAGCCGCCCCCCCCACCCCCCCGCCCGCCGCUCCCCAAGAGGUGAUGAUGGAUCCUUUUAGAGAAGAAAGUACCAACC